ACCGAGCGCACACGCACGGAUUCCGCGAAACCCUACCCACAUAAUAUUCCCAUCGCUUUUGAAACACCCGCGCGUGCCCGCAAAAAAUAUAAAAGAAGUGAAGAAAAAAUUGAAUUAGUUUUUGCUGGGGCAGCCGGAAUAAUGCCCCGCCAGCUUGGUCGUCUCGUUGUGCACUGAAAUCGAAAUCGAGUCCAAUGACCAGCUCUCAAGCUGGUGCCUAUGAAAGAGUGUACACCUUUGGUUAGCUAAGAAAACACACUGCAGACCUUGACCCAUGGCCUGUAAAGAGCUGCAUCGCGGCUUAGUUCGGUUAUAUAAUCAAAUUCCAGUUUCAAGUAACCCAAACGCAAAGUGAAUAAUUAAGAGUUUGCAAAAAAAAAACAACAAGAAACAACAAGCCACAAAAAUGCAGUUCAACUUUUUGAUGAAACCAAGAGCAUUUUUGGGUUCAUCUGGUUUGCUGCAGUUCGUCUUCCUGAUUAGUGCUACAUUCGCCCGUUUGGAGUUCGCCGCUACUCAAAAUGCUGGCGUUGUGGCCGCGGCGGUGGCGGCGGGACAAAACCAAACCCAAGUCUAUGUGACGGAAUCCUGCCUGCAGAAGCCGUACCGCUGUCCGCAUCCGAAAAUUAAAUUCUAUCUGUACACGCGCCGCACCCAGGAGCAGCCGGAGUUUAUCGAUGUGCUCGAUGCCAACGCCCUUUACUACACUCACUUCAAUCCCCGGCACCCUACGAAGAUAAUCAUUCACGGCUUCGGAGGAGGUCGUGACCUGAGUCCCAGUCCUGACUUGCGGGAGGCCUACUUCAGCGUGGGCGACUACAACAUCAUCAUCGUGGACUAUGCCGACGCGGUGAAGGAGCCCUGCCUCAGCCAGAUGGACUGGGCGCCCCGCUUCGGCAGCCUCUGCAUCUCCCAGUUGGUCAAGUACCUCGCCCGACAUCCGCGCGGGGUCCAGCCAGAUGACCUCCACUUCAUCGGUUAUAGCGUGGGUGCCCAUAUAGCUGGCCUGGUGGCCAACUAUCUGAAGCCCGAGGAGGGAAAGUUAGGACGCAUCACUGCCCUGGAUCCAACGAUAUUCUUCUACGCAGGGGCCAACAACUCCAGGGAUCUGGAUACGACCGAUGCCAACUUUGUGGAUGUUGUGCACACUGGAGCGGGGAUACUCGGUCAAUGGCAUUCCAGUGGACACGCGGACUUCUAUGUGAAUGGCGGCACCAGGCAGCCGGCCUGUGUAGGCUCUGCCACACUGUUUCAAACCUUGGCCUGCGACCACACCAAAGUCACUCCCUAUUUUAUAGAGUCUAUAACAUCGACUCUUGGCUUCUAUGCGGGUCCCUGCCCCAACUUGUUUACCUACCUGAUAGGCUGGUGCGAGCCCAAGGAUUCCGAUUACGUCCUAAUGGGCGAGCACUGCUCACAUAAAGCCCGAGGAAAUUACUAUGUUACCACCAAUGCAAAAGCGCCCUUUGCUCGUGGGUUCCCCGGCAAGGGGCGUUCCAAUGGCGAGUACCAGGGAGUACGGCGAUAAUGAAAAUCCUUAAUUUUCAUUUGUUUCGUUGCCUUUUGCUCUGCAUAGUGAUGGAAGAAUGCAGACGAAUUCAAAGCGGUUCAAAAUAAACUUUAAUAGCUUGGAAACAAAAUCAAUUUAACCUUAUUUGUAUUCCAUUUCGAACCAACAUCGAACCUAUUUUGAUCCCGCCUGCAUUCUUCCAUAUUUUACACCGUAGCACUCAUGUGAUUAUAGUUUGUUUCCUAAUUAUAUGAACCAUAUUUAUUUUAUAUAUUUUUGUUGUUAGCCUUAGUCACCGCCAUGUUUGCUGGGAGUUGGGAGAGAAGCGACAUCCCAUCCCAAAUGUUUCGGGUUCUGUACAAAUCAAUAAAACUAAUCAUUAAGUCGUAGGCUAAAAGUCGUUUGAAAUAAAAACAAAAUACACUCAACCUUUGUUGGCAUAAUUCUUAACAAGUUCAUUUUAUUGAGUUCCAAAUACAUUUUUGUUAAGUUAUAAUUUAGUUUUGAAUUCGUUUAGACGUUUAAAUAUGGUAAUUCGUAUAGCCAGGUGUCAUGCAGGGGUCUUUCUCUUUCACAGUGUCAUAACUUUUUUAAUUUUAAAUAAAUUUGAGUAACAUUUUUGGUAAAUUAUUUUUUGAAGCUGGAUGUUAAAUGAAAAUCUUUUUUAUUGUGCUUGAGUCUUUUCUAAUCUUUUUAGUUACAUUUUAUGAAUAUUGUUUAAGUGUUUUCCUUCUGUUAUGAGCAUACAUUUAAAUAUAUAUGUACGUAUAUAAGUAUAUAUGUAUGUAUGUUAUUAACUUGGUUUAUCGACCAUACAAAUUAUACAACAUGGGCGGGUGUUGCCAGAAAAGGGAUCUCCAUUCGUUUUUUAAAUAUUUGAUUUUGAUUUAAUUUUUUAGCAAUUUGUAUACCGAACGCUUAAUAAACAUAAAGAAUACAUUGUUUUUUUAUAUAUACACAGUUCCAGUGUUCAUAGGCCAUCGCCAUCCAAACGGUUGAGAAAGUUAAUACUUUCAAAUUGUUUAACGUGAAACUUUUUGUUGAAGUAA